UACAAUGGCGCCAUCAAUCAGCUGUUGAGACGACUUGAAGAUCUCAAUCGCUGACUCCUUAAAAAUCUGAGUAUUCGAAGAAAUAGAAAAAAACGUACGGUUGAAGAAUUUUCGAAAAAGUCUGCAGUAUCAAAUUUCUGGUGCAUGGCGCAUUUUCUUAAAUAAUUAAUAAUCAACUAUUAUAAGAAAUGGCGCUUUCCUACACCAGAUUAUUGUGCCGUCGCAGUCUUGAUCUUCAUCAACUGCGCGGCUUAUAUACGACCAGCCUGCUAAAAACUACAGCGGCAAAAUCAGCUCCUGCUUCUCCUGCAGUAUGUGAAAGUCACGAUGAAAAGAAUAUGCGACUUAAACGACCUAUGUCACCACAUUUGACAAUAUAUCAAGUACAACUAACGGCUCUACUCUCGAUUACACACCGAGCCACGGGAAUGGUUCUCUCGUCGUAUGCCAUGCUCUUUGGCCUAGGUACUUUGUUUGUACCAGGAGGAAUGCCUUGUGUUAUCGACACGAUACACUCAUUAUGCCUUCCAUCAGCUGUAUUGUUUGUUAGCAAAUACAUACUGGCCUUGCCUGCUACGUAUCACUUUUUUAAUGGAAUUCGACAUUUGUGCUGGGACUUAGGAAUGUUCCUGACGAUUAAACAAGUCUACAGCACUGGUUAUACAGUCGUUGCUUUAGGAAUUGUAAGUGCACUUGCACUGGCCUGUCUUUGAGUUAAUGGAUAUUUAAGAGGUUUGAAACACAAUUUCAAGAUCAGUUCUAUACUUAAUUUAUAUAUUUCUUGUAAAGAAUGUAGUAUGUACUUUAAAUUAAAAAGUUAAAAAUGAA